UGUAUAUUGGUAGGGUUCGCAGUGUUGCAGCUAAUUUGCCUUCAUUUCUUUGACUAUCACAGUGACAGUCACACUCGCAGGAGAACGCAAUUCGACGUAGUUUCGUUUCGGAAAUUGGUGAAAUCGAAAGUAUCUAAUGGCUUUGCGAGGGGUUUGGCAACUUCAGAAGCUGAUUGUCAGCUAUAGCGACUGGGGCGGAAGUAGCAGAGGUAUAAGGGCAUUUAUGGAGUCACAAUUGCCAGCUUUUAAGGAAAAGAAUCCUCAAUUAGAGGUGGUUACUGAACUCAUUCGUGGUCAGCAUCCACAUCUGAAGGGUUUUUACAAGAACAAAAGAGAACGAGUGAUAUGUGUGAAGAAUUUGGAUUCGGAAGACAUACUACUGCAAGCAACCAGGCUAAGGAAUGCAUUGGGAAGGAAGGUAGUGAAACUGAGGACAAGACACGUAACCAAACACCCUAGUGUGCAAGGUACAUGGACAACUGCCGUGAAAUAUUAAGAUGGAAAAACCAGGUGUAUGAGAAAGUUUCCCUUGAUGUUGUUCCAUUUCUUUUAGUGAUUAAUCGAUAUUUGUAAACUAGUGACUAUAAGUUCUCAUGCUGUCUGGCACAUUUUCCAGUAUUGCAAUAGUUCAGAUGCCUUUUUUUAGGUUUGUCUGUUUGCUUCCUCAUGAUGAAGCUAAUGAUAAAAACCAUGAUAAAAGUGAUUAUUGGUAAUAAUAU